AAAGAUUAAAAAGAAAAAGGAAAAGAAGGUUCAAAAUAUCCAAAGCUACAGAUCCAUUUUCUCUCCUUCUUCUUCACUGAAACUUCCCUUGCUUUGCUGAAAACAAAAUUGUGAUGUUUUUGGUAGAAUCAGCAGUAAGGUCAUCUUCAAACAUAAGUCGUCUUUGAACAGCAUCCAUGGAGAAUCAGCAGUAAGGUCAUCCAUGGUAGAGGUGACCAAAGAUCGAGCGAAGAAAGAAGAAGAAGAAGAGAGGAGAGAGAAAGGAGAAGAAGACAGAGAUUUGGGUUUGUUAAGAGAGAGAAUCCUGAAACAUCAUCAUUCAUCAUCAUCGUUUUGCUGUAAGGUGCAGCUUGCACCAAAACUUCUAAGUCUUCUAUUGCAAACUUGCAACGAAAAUAAUAUACAGUGGGUUACUUGUACGUACAAUUUUGUUAAGCCGGCAGAAGAGGAAUGAAGAAGAAGGAGAAAGUGAGAGAAAACAGAGGUUAGUGUUUUAUUUUCUUUUCAGUUGGACUUUGUUUUCUUUCAGUUGGACUUUGUUUUCUUUCAGUUAAACUUUGUUUUUUUUCCAGUUGGACUACCUGAAAAAAAAUGAAGACUACCUGAAAAAGAAUGAAGACUACCUGAAAAAAAAUGAAGACUACCUGAAAAAGAAUAAAGACCAACUGAAACCCAAAGUAAGUCUAACUGAAGUAGAAAAACCAACUGAAAAAAAAAGAAGACUAACUGAAAACAAAAUGAAGACUACCUGAAAAAAAAAUGAAGACUACCUGAAAAAAAUGAAGACUACCUGAAAAAAAAAAUUAAGACUAACUGAAAAAAAAUUGGAACCACCUGAAAAUCGUCCGACCAAAGAUUAUGGUCGGACGAGUCCGACACAAUACGUUCUCUAAAAUUAAUAAUGAUGUUAUACAAUUUAAAAGUAAUAUAUACUCCCAAUUUUCUUAAAAAUCUAAUAGAAUAUGCAGUAACGUCUUAAAAUAUUUGCAUUAUUUUCUACCUAUUUAUUUUAUAGUGUAAUAGACACGAAGACACCAUGAUAAAUUGAGUAAAAAAUUAUCGUUAAAAGUAUAAGUCGAAGAUGUUUAAAAUUAAUUGGUAAUAAAAUUCUAAAACGAAUUGAUAAUUAGAAUUUGUUUGUCUUGAAAUUGAAUAAUUUGGGUCAUAGAGGAUAUUGACUAGAUCAUAGAUACAGUUGAUGACAUGCAAGAGUUAGUGAUAGGGAAAGUGAAAAACUGUAUAUUUAUAGCUUUAGAUACUCAAAAGUCAAAAGAGAUGAGACAAAAGGGUUGCCCCAUGCCCACCACUGAAUAGAUAUUGUCUCCUUAAUGUGGCGGUGUAAGAACACUCCAAUUGUUAGUCUUGUAUGAAUUGCUUUUUUAUCCCAUAGAAAAAGCAUCGUAUCCCCAUUGCCCAAAUAAUUUGUUACUAAAUGUGCUAUUUAAGACAUAUUUUUCCUUUAAUUAACAUCAAUUUUUUUUUUACGGAGAAACACUACACACCUACUCAUUCAUAGACGUCAAAUCAGAGUUUACAAUGGUCCAAACCUCGUUUGGAACUUCCUCAAUCCACACUCUCAUUUCCAUAGACUCUUUAGUCAACUGGGCUAGUUUAUGAGCCACCCUAUUACCAUCCCUACGAAUAUGAUUAAAAGAUAAAGAUAAGCAUAAACUACCAAAAUAUAAAAUAUCCGAUACAAUAAAGCCGAAACUAUUGUUUUCCUUCACUCCUUUUUUCAGAUGCGAGAUAAGCUUCAAACAUGUACUUUACAACACUACAUUACAUAGUCCGGCUUCAACUGCCGUCUUCAUAGCAUGACGUGCCGCCAAAGCUUCCGCAAUAUCAACUCCGCAUUCUCCCUCAUGCAUGGCACAGGUGGCUAACAUCACCUCACCCACUUCAUCUCGAACAAUCCCACCAAAUCCUAGCUUCCCAUACAAUCCCACCAAAUCCUAGCUUCCCAUCCUUUAACAUCACCUUGCAAUACCAACGUAUCACCUAUAUUGUAUAUAGUACGGAGGAAGUAUAAAAGUUGUUCGUUAAAAUUUACUUAAAUAGAUAAAAGAGGGAUUGAGUUAGCAAAUCCAAUAAUAACUAAAGAUACAAAAAAAAUUGUUCUCCAUAUACUCGUGAUAAAAAAAUUAGUUGCCUAUGAUUUGUUAUUUAAUCUUCUUGCUUAUAAUGUAAUGAGCAUAAAAUAGAGGAUUAACUAGAGCCUUCAUUGGUAAAGGCUACAUUUCAUAAACCAUAUCAGGCAUCAUAGUUAUUAAUUAUUAUGACAUUAAAUCCUAAAAGUUUAAAAUAUGGUAUAUGCAAAUUCUAUCACAGACCAUAUACGCAAGCAAAGUUAACUUGACAAUUUUGUGCGCAUCAAAUGCAAAGUCGUCAACAUAAUCAUGUAAUGAGUUUUAACAGAAGUUUGAAAAAAUUAAUCUUAAAAUGCUAUAAGUUUGAGGAAUACAUCUUAAUUUAAAUACAAAUCGGAAAAUGUGGGUUUUAAGAAAAUUGAGUUCAAAAUCAGUCUAUUUUAAAAAGAAAAUACACUCACAUAUCUACUACAUUAUGUGCGUGGUAUGAUUAAAACAAGCUUUUGCUCAUUUACUCAUUAAAAUUUUUUUUUUAUUCAUAGAACAAUGAGAAAAAAAAAUAGUCUUAAAUGUACGAUACUCACAGUACACCUAAGUCUACUGAAGCUCCGUUCGAUAGGGGAUAAUACAUUUUCCUGGAAAACUGUUUUCCUCUAUUUGCAAUUUUACAUUGUUUCGUUUGAAAAUGAGUGUAAAACCAUUUUUCCUUAAAGUAAAAUUGCUCUCCAAUGACAGAUGACUGUUUUCCUUCCUUUUCCUCUUCCCUUUUGUACACGCCUCUCACUAUCUUCUUAUUUUCCCUUUCAUUUCAUUAUUUUUCUUAUAUGGAACCAAACAACAAAAAACUAAUUUUGAUAUAUAUCUUUCAUUAUAAAUUAUUUUCUAUGAAAAUUAUUUUUAUACUGAAAAUAUUUUACGUCAAACCAAACGAAAUCUCAAUGUACUCAAUGUAGGAUAAAACUUGUACAUCAGACACUCCUGUAGAAUCAUUAAAGCUGAAGAUCUUGCUAAACUUGAUUUAACUAGCAAGAGCAUAUAUCGAUUUGUGAGACAAGAGUCAAUAGUAGUACGGAGAAAACAGUAUUGCGGAUAAUAAAUAAUAAUUGAGUUUUAGACACACACACCGUCUUUGCCUCGUACUGGUCUACACACUUCACACAUCACACUUGUAAAUUUGUAAUAAAAUGAUAUUCAGGCAAUCCAAUUUCAAUUCCAUUUUCUCCCAAACUUGCUGUUUUUAAAUCACACCAGUCUCAACCGAUGUUGCCGCGUUCUCUGCCUUGGCAAUUACACUCUCUCUCUAACAUUUCUUGACAGAUUUUUCAAAUUUCAUCACUUUUAGCUACUUCAACCACAAAAGAGAGAAGAAUUUCGAUUUCAAUUUUCGAAGUUCAAAUUUCUGCAAACAAGAAAAAAACGGUUGAUUUGUGGAUCAAUUUGAUCAAAUGAAAGUUAAAGGAAGAGGAAAUUGGAGCGCCGGUCGAAAUUUAGGGUUACCGGCUGUAUUUUUCCUCUGUUUCUUCUUCUUCAUCGUCGGAUUUUUCUCUUGUACUUUAAUUUUUCAGGUUUCAUCGAGUGCUGGACUGAGACAGAGGAUGCUUGAAUCGACGGAUGUUGAAGAUGUAGCAGCACUUGAUCUUGUGCCUUCUGGAGAGUCCGGCGACGAUUCUAUAACUUCCAUUCCUUUUCAGGUCUUGAGUUGGAGGCCACGUGCACUAUACUUUUCUAACUUCGCUACUGCAGAGCAAUGUGAAAGUAUUAUUAAUAUAGCAAAGGCACAACUCCGACCAUCGAGGUUGGCUUUAAGAAAGGGAGAAACGAUGGAGAGUACUCAGGGAGUCAGAACAAGUUCUGGCAUGUUUAUUAGUGCGGAUGAAGACAAAACUGGGAUUUUGGAUUUUAUUGAUGAGAAAAUUGCAAGGGCCACCAUGAUUCCCAGGGCAAAUGGGGAGGCAUACAAUGUCCUACAUUACGAGGUUGGACAAAAGUAUAAUUCUCAUUAUGAUGCAUUCAAUCCUUCUGAAUAUGGUCCACAGAGAAGUCAAAGGGUUGCUUCUUUCUUGCUUUAUCUAUCCGAUGUUGAAGAAGGUGGAGAAACUAUGUUUCCUUACGAGAAUGACGACUUAGAUUUCAAUUAUGAUUUUAAAGAGUGCAUUGGUUUGAAAGUGAAGCCACGCAGAGGAGAUGGACUUCUGUUUUACUCAUUGUUCGUAAAUGGAAGUAUUGAUCCUACUUCAUUACAUGGAAGUUGCCCGGUCAUCAAAGGCGAAAAAUGGGUGGCAACGAAGUGGAUCAGAGAUCAAGAACAACAAGAAUAGAGUAUGUUGUAGACUUGUAGUUAGGAAGGUAGAGGGAUAUUUGUCCCAUACAGGUAUUUAUUCAACACUCAAUUUUGUACUUACGAACUCAUACAAAUGGAUACUUGGAUCAAUUUAUACAAGAAUGUACUUAUUUUCUGUAA